AUGUUGUGCUCAAGCUACCGGCUAUUCAAGCACAUCGCUUCGUGUGCUCUUCUGCUCGCCUCACAGGUGCAGGCUUCACCACUAGCUCUGAACCAACGGUCAAUAUUCGAGGAGGCUUCCGCCGCCUACGCUGCCCUCAAGAACGCGCGUGGUUUGACACAGCGGGACGUUGUUGCCCCACCAAUCCUCAAACCGGAUGCAAGCAGUGUAUGGCCUAUUGGAACUAUCCAGGAAGUCAUUUGGGACAUCACCAACCUUCCACCCGACAGUCAGAUCACAAAUCCUAUAGGCAGAGUUAUCCUGGGCCGUGAUACAGGCGAUAGCCUGAACCUGGACCUAGACAAUCCACUUGCUGAAGGCUUCCACAUCCGGCAAGGCAGGGUCAAUAUCACGGUCCCAAACGUCCCACCACGACCUGACUACCUCAUCGUCUUGAUGGGCAACUCUGGCAAUACCUCUCCCUCCUUUGCCAUUACCCAAAUUGCCGAUGACACGAACAAUUCCCCUUCCCCCUCGAGGCCACCUGUGGCCGAUCCGGAGCCCUCCCUCCCAGGUGUCUCUCCCACUGUGUCAUCACAGCCAGCCAUCUUGAGCUCUACGACCAUCACGGACCCCAUCCCUAUUACUGGAACCACGAUCACCGGUUCAUGGGAUACCAGCAUAAUUGAAGAGACGGAAGCUCCGACCAACUCAUUCGCACCCAUCUCCACUGGCAGCGCACCUGCGCCAUCAGAGAGUACUGGCUCAGACGAACCCUCUCCGUCAAGUGGAGACCUUACCGAAGAUGACUCUGGAGCCGCUGUUCGAACGGGGCUGACUACCAGUCUUGUGGUUUUAGUAGCCACUGCUGGUGUUAUGUUGGUCGGGCUUUAA